AUGAUUGAUUUCGUUGUCUUUCGUGUGCAAAUCUUCUCCGGUGUUCCGCUGACCGUAGUGGAAAUAAUUGCGUCGGCCAUCACUCCCUAUAAAAACGGCACGGAUCAAAAUGCACCAAACGUCGAGAAGAUAUUAAUUGAAGCAAUUGUUCAGAAUAUCACAAAUCGUAGGAAUUCUAUGAGUGAGCUCAUUAGUCUUCAUUCCAAAGCACAUGUUCUCCUAGAAACAAAUCUACCUCCAGAAUGUGGAAAGGUGAUUGACAAGUACAAAGAAAUGUGGCUAUCAUUCAGCGGUGUAAGUUGGUGCGCAAUUGCAAUGGUGAAUACGCCUAAGAUGAGGGUUGCUGGAUCUCUCGUUACUGAGCUGUUGCUCCUGACCAUUAACUUAAGGAGGACGACUCUUUCUGGUCUAGUGAGGAACAAUUCACGGAGCUGGAGCUCCUGUAUUUAUAUAUUCACUGCCAAAGGCUUGGAGAUAUGCAUAGACCAAGGGAAUAAUUGGCGCAGUUAUGACACCAUAAGAGCUGCAGUUGCGACAUCACUUCUGUCCUCCAGCGGAGUUUCACAGACGACCUGA